AGCUUCGCUGUGAGCAGAGGUUGGGACGGAGACAGCUUGUGUAUGUGUGUGUGUGUGUGCUCCGACAAUGUCAGAGUCCCAGUUCCUGCUGCUCUGCCCAAGUUUGCUGCGCUGUAUUUCACGCAAUAUUGACAAUGAGCAACAUAGCCGCGACCCCUGAUGAGUCAUGUUGAGCGGAAUGACAGUUCACCCCUCUGCCCAGACUCCGUUAUAUUACAGGCUCCCAGUUUCCGCAGAGCAGAUCAGAUCAGUCAGUCUUAACAGGACGAGCAAACGGUGAGACUACAGCAGAGGGGACCAAACCUCCAAAACUUGAUUGAAAGGGUACCAUGAAGCGACUUUUCUACGUCCUCAUCAGCUGUGCUGCCAUCAGUUAUGUUUCCACUGCUGUGAUUACUGGGGCUUGUGACAGAGACCAACAGUGUGGAGGAGGCAUGUGCUGUGCUGUCACUCUGUGGCUUAGGAGUCUACGAAUAUGCACACCAAUGGGCAAUGAAGGGGACGAAUGCCAUCCUCUGAGUCACAAAGUACCGUACAUUGGAAAACGGAUGCACCACACAUGCCCUUGUUUGCCAAAUCUCAUUUGUGUGAGGUUUGGAGAUGGCUACUACAGAUGUUUACCACAGUUCAAAAUUGAAAAUGUCUUCUUUUAGUAAAUAUAAACAUCAUUGUCACAUUCAUUUUGUGAAAUGAUAAUCAAGCUGAUUGUUUGAAUUUAAAUAAAGACGUUGUG